UUGAACUGCUGCGAGGAGAGCCCGGUGCCGCGGCCUGGGCAGCGGCGGUAGAGGUAGAACGCCGCGGCUGCUGCUGCCCCUGCCUGCCGUCCUGCCCGAGCCCGCCAGGUCUCGGGCGUGCGCGCAGCCCCAGCCCGGCUCGGCCCGGCCCGGCUCGGCCCGGCCCGGAGCCUCCGGGGCCCGCGGAGCGGAUCAGAACAGAGAGGGGUGCACGGGGCGCGGGGCCGGGCGCAGAGCCGAGCCCCGGCAGGCUGGCCCCCCGCCAUGCUGGGGCACACGGCGGCCGGCGCGGCGGGGCCGCAGCCGCCCAGGCUGCCCCGGGCCGCCGGCCCCGACGAGAACCAGGAGAACGUCCAUCCGGACAAACGCGGCGGCGCCGAGCCCGCCAGAACGCGCACGGUGCUGGGCGUGCUGCGGGCUAACGUGCGGGCGCCGGGCCCGGGCCCCGGUCUCGGCCCCGCGGCUGCCCUGGCGCCGCAGAAGUCCAAGAACCGCAGGGUUGUUGCGCCUCUCAGGGAUGUUUCCAUUAAUGAUGACCAGGGUAUUGUCCCACCCUGGAAUGCCACCAGUAAGCAGCCCACUUUCACAAUCCAUGUGGAUGAACCCGAGGGGGACAAUGGGAAGAAACUUUCUGUCCCUAAAAAAGUGGAGUCUGAGGAUGAUAUGCUGGGUUUUCAUUCAGCUGUUUCUCUGCCUGAGACGAGAAAACCUUUGGUGCCCCUUGAUUAUCCAAUGGAUGGUAGUUUUGAAUCUCCCCUUACUAUGGACAUGUCUGUGGUCCUGGAGCCAGAAGAAAAGCCACCAAAUGUCAAUGAAGUCCCUGACUACCAUGAAGACAUCUAUCUAUACCUAAGGGAAAUGGAGGUUAAGUGUAAGCCCAAGGUGGGCUACAUGAAGAAGCAGCCAGACAUAACCAACAGUAUGCGAGCCAUCUUGGUGGACUGGCUGGUGGAGGUCGGGGAAGAGUACAAGCUCCAGAAUGAGACUCUCCACUUGGCUGUGAACUACAUUGAUAGGUUCCUGUCCUCAAUGUCAGUGCUCCGAGGGAAGCUUCAGCUGGUUGGGACUGCUGCCAUGCUCCUUGCCUCAAAGUUUGAAGAGAUCUACCCUCCAGAAGUGGCAGAGUUUGUGUAUAUCACUGAUGACACGUACACUAAAAAGCAGGUCUUAAGAAUGGAGCACCUGGUGUUAAAAGUGCUUGCUUUUGACCUUGCUGCACCAACAAUCAACCAGUUUCUCACUCAGUAUUUCCUACAUCAGCAGCAGGCCAAUUCUAAAGUGGAAAGCUUAGCAAUGUUUCUGGGAGAGUUAAGUUUAAUUGAUGCUGACCCAUACCUGAAAUACUUACCAUCAGUUACUGCAGGAGCUGCCUUUCAUAUAGCACUCUAUACAAUCACUGGGAAAAGCUGGCCCGAGUCAUUAAUCCAACAAACAGGAUACACCUUGGAAAGUCUUAAACCAUGUCUAUUGGACCUCCACCAGACCUACCUCAGAGCGCCACAGCAUGCACAGCAGUCUAUACGAGAAAAAUACAAGACGGCAAAGUACCAUGGUGUAUCUCUCAUCAACCCUCCAGAGACACUAAACUUAUAGUGAGCAAGAGACUUAGCUAUAAUUCCAACAGAAGUUGUGCUGGACAGUUUUAUUGUGGGCCCAGGUUUCUUCACAAAGAAUCACUUCACAAGGCACAAGUUAUGGUCAAUUACAAAUUAUGAAGUAACUUUUUUGAUUUUUAUGAUUUUAAAUGUAAAUCUUUUAUGUGCAAUUGUCCUGUGUAUUUAGCUGCAGAUAUGUCAUGUUGUUCAUGCAUAGUGAGUAUUCAAGCCCAUACACUUAGGAUAAGAAUUUUGAGCCUGAUAGUUUGCCUCUAACAAGUGAAAACUGGUCAGAACGUGGCUCACUCAUGGGAGUGUUUGAACUUGAACAGCAUGAUAAAAGGCAGCACCACAGAAGGAUUUUCCAGGAGGAAAAGUUUAAAAUGUUGGUGGCCCUCCCUGUCUUGGCUUAUAUCUGUUUCCUUAAGAUUGCCGUGGCUCAGGAGAGCAUCAGCACGUCUAAGAUGCGGUCUUCCAGGGCAGGGUGAUGUGCAGUAUUCAGGUAGGGAAUGGUGUUUCUGCAACAAAUCCUUGGCCUUUUCUGGUAGUCCCUGCUGGCGGGCUGUGUGUGUACCAUUGAUCAAGGCUGUGCCUCUGCUGCUAAAGCAGUUCUUGCAGUGUAAAAUAGAAUGAGAUUGUUUUAAAAUCUAUAAAACUAUAUAUAGCCCUUCUUGAUGAUACAAGCCAAUUGUGGAUCCCAACGACGCAGAGGGAGCUGCUGAUGGGUAGAAGGGCAUUUCCCAGGCUGGUCCACACAGAUUAAAAUACCACCACAUUCUUCUGUCAGACCAUGCUGCCUGCCUCUUUCGGCCUUCCCCUCAACUGUCUGCAAUCACAAGUAGGGUAGGUUCAACCUCUCAAAUUAAUCCAAUUACACAAGAUGUUUUCUAGAUACUUUAUUUUAAAUCAAGAAAAAUACAUGUAAAAAUACGCAACAGUCCUAAAUGUACUUUCCAGUAAUGUAUUUUUGGAAGCUUUAGUUAGCAGCCUUCUUCUUCUUUUUCUUUCUAAUAGCUUUUUUACUUGAGGCUUUUUCCUGUUUGGAGUUGUUGGCCUGUAUCCUGUAAACAAAUGAAAUCAAAGCCUAAAAACAUGUAUCUCAGAUUUUAGACAUGUAUUUGUAGAUGUUUUCUUUAGUGGGUAUUCACUCAGGUAAAAAUUUAGUAAGAAGGCUUAGCCUCUGUUUUCAAGGAGGUAAGGCUUCCAGGCCUGAGAAGAGCAUCUUCGUGUUAAAAUAACAAUAACAAAUCAUUGCCUGGGGUGAUUGCUAGCAUUUGCCAUCCCCAUCUAACUUUCACACUCAACCAAGUAAAAUUAAAUGCUAGGACAUAUUCAGCUUUAAAUAAUAAUGAUGGAAAAAUCUUUUAUCAGGGCUAUGGGCCAACAUGUUGGGCAGGGCUGUCUAACCCAUUCCUAGCACCCUGCCCUGAACCUAUCAGGUACAAAUUACUUUGUCCAGCAGAAGUUGGGCCAAAUGUUUUCACCUUAACCAAACUUAAAAUGGGUUUAUGUGAAGAUGUAGGCUCUCUUCUUUCCUCUGGCCAUAAUAUGCUUUUGUCAUAUAGUGCAGAUUUUUUUAAAAGCCCAGAGUCUUUCCUGGACGAUUCACUAUAAUCCACAUAAAAAGGAAUUUUCAAUGGUCAUCUGCUGGGAUUAAAAGUGAGCUUUAUAUUUACAUAUGCAUUUUAAAAUUCUACAUUUGGAGACAUUGAAACCUAGCAUCAAGAGUUGAAUUAAUAUUUGCAUUAACAUUAAUAACUGUUGAAAUAAAUCAGAAGUACUUAAGUUACCUUGUUUUCUUUGGAUUUUCUCCUGGUUCUAAAAUGAUAAUUUCAUCUUCUUCACUAUCUGACAGAACGAUAGGUGUAUCUUUAAGAAAUAUGCAAAACCAUAGUAAGGCAAAAUUGUAUAGCCAACAAGACAAUACUGUACUUUCUUAUCAUUGGAUAAACUUAAUCAAGAACUGCAAACAGCUGAUGAGUCAAUGUCAGUAGAUGGCUAUCAUUCGAGGACCUUUGGUGAAGACCAGCUCUACCAUGUUGUACUGUACUUUAAUUUCUAGAAGAGGCUCUGUACAUAGGAGGUCUGCAAUAAAUGUUUUCUGUAUGGAUUAUUCAAAAGCUGUAAUA